AUGGGAGAACAACCGGGUUUAUCAGAUGAGGACAUCGACGUGGACACCAUCAUCGAGGGACCGACCCCGAUAACCAAGGAAGAAUGCGGCAGCCAGCAAAAUGAUGAAGAAGGCCAAGAAAAGUCAACGGGAGCGGAUUCUAAUUCUGAAGAAUGGCAGCACCUUGAUAACACCGUUGUAGACGAGGCAUCUUCUUCAGACCUUGAGGGCACUGUGCCAGAUAACUCCCAGGAAGACUCGUCGGAAGAAAUUACCAAUACGGAAAACACGGCAUCAUGCGGUGAUGUUGCAAACGGGGAGACGGACGAUACAACAAAAGAAGGAAGCCAACCAGGUGAUGAGGCAGCUGUUGAGACACCCGUUGACGAGGAUGGACCAACAGUACCAAGUUUGUCUAGCGAAAAGGAAGAUGUCAACCAAAGCAAUUCGAGCGUUAAUCCCGAAGAACUGAACGGAGAGGUAAACUUCUCUGAUAGCGAAGAGCAGAGGGUUAAUGCAGACAAAAAAGAGAGCGAAACAAACAAACUUGAAGACAACAAAACUGACGGCCAAUAUUACGACCGAAUCCCCAAGAUCGACGAGGAAAUUAGUGACAAAACGGAUGGCGACCAAAUCGAUAAUGACAAAGCUGAAGAAGACGGUGAUAAUAGAAGUCAAGGCAACAGUGACGAUGAAAGUAGCGACAAUCGGAAUGACGGAAUUAACGGUGAAGAAGACAAGAGCCAGCGCGAUGAAGAUGACGAAGACACCAAAUCUGUUUCUAGCACAGAUAGCGACUACUUUCUCAAAGCAUGGACGUAUCUACCAGAAGACGAAGACAAUGCUGAUAGGAGUGAUAUGGACCUGAAGUUUGAUGAUCAAGCCAUUGAAGACCUUGAAGCCAACGUGUACGACAUGGACGAUGACUCGCCAUCCCGCUUGGGAUGGCUUAGACAGAAAAGGCUACCAGCCAGGCCGCAGCCCUCCAAGAAUGAAAAGAGGCUAGAAAGGUUGAUGGACCGCGUCAUGUGUCUUAUUGGUCAGGAAAGUGUCAAGGCGCAAUUUUUGGCCAUCAAAGCCAGGAUCGAGGCUGGUAAAUCGCGGGGUGAAGACUUCAAGAAAGUCCAUUAUGGUAUAAUUAUCACUGGAAAUAUAGGAACUGGUCAGUCGUCCUCAUCCACCUGUGAGAACUUUCACUGA